GUAAGGAUACCGACGACCUUUGUAAAUCCUGGGCAUCGAGCGGUGAAUGCAAAAAUAAUCCACAGUCCAUGCUGUUCAAAUGCCCCAGAAGUUGCGGAGUCUGUCCAGGUAUACAUGAUGCUCAAGAAGUGAAAUAGAUUAUCCAUAACGUUUUAAAAUUUUGUGAUAAUAGAUUCAUGUAAUACUUUUUUUCCUGCUUAUGCUUAUAUUUUGAUUCUGCUGCCAAUUUGGGGAGGCGAAAUUAAAAAAAAAAAAAUGUCCGGCAGCACGUGAGACCAGGCAUGAAGAGAUCCUGAUUCAGAGAAAUGUGACUCGAACAGAAAUGUUGAUGAAAUCUGAUAACAUUAAGCGAUGCACUUACAUGUAUAUUGCUUUACUUUUCCGUCAGCUUGCGAGGAUAAGGACGAAAAUUGUAAACUCCAGGCAUUGCACGGUGAAUGCAAAAAAAAAACCAGUUUACAUGGCGAUCAAUUGCCCCAAAAGUUGCAGAAUCUGUCCAGGUAUGCAUAAUGCUCAAGAAGUGAAAUAAUAAUAGUAAUAAUUGUAAUAAUAGAUCCAUGUAAUGCUUUUUUCUCUCUUUCUUGUACUUACAUUUUGAUUCUGCUGACAAUUCAUAUAUACCAAUAGGCAUUCCCUGACUUUUCAAUCAUAGUGUUAUUCUUCAAUAAACGUUCAAGCUCUUUCCCCUCCACCCCCCUUUCUUCUCCUUCCCCGACGGCCACCUCUACAUAACUGUUAGCUUUCUUUGUAGUCAAUAUGCCGGUUCAGCAUUAAAUUUGGGUGAUUUGUGUAAAGACAUCAAACAAAAAGACCUUUUGUGUUUAUUAGCGCAUGCCAUAUACCACAAUGGGUGGGUUCUCGUUGAAUUUAAUUGCAACCCUCUGUACAGCCCCUAGUAAUAACAGCUCUUCUCCUCACUGAAAUGACUUACAUGGGAAUUAAUUCCCAAGGAACGAGUGGAGGGGCGAAAUUAGGAAAAAAGAAAAGGUCCGGCUGCACGGGUGACCAGGCAUGAAGAGAUCCUGAUUCAGGGGAAUGUCAUUCAAACAGAAAUGUUGAUGAAAUCUGAUAACAUUAAGCGAUGCACUUACAUGUAUAUUGCAUUAUUUUUUACCGUCAGCUUGCAGGGAUAAGAACAAACAUUGUAAAUCCUGGGCAUCGACCGGUGAAUGCGGAAAAAAUCCAAAUUACAUGCAGUUCAAUUGCUCCGAAAGUUGCAAAGUCUGUCCAGGUAUGCAUGAUGCUUAAGAAGUGAAAUAGAUUACCCAUAACGUUUAAAAAUUUCGUAAUAAUAGAUCCAUGUAAUGCUUUUUUCUCUCUUUCUUGUGCUUACAUUUUGAUUCUGCUGCCAAUUCAUCUACACCAAUAGACAUUCCCUCACUUUUCAAUCAUAGUGUUAUUCUUCAAAAAAACGUUCAAACUCUUUCCCCUCCACCCCUCCCCCCCCCUUCUCCUUCCCCGACGGCCUCCUCUACAUUACUGUUAGCUUUCUUUGUAGUCAAUAGGCCGGUUCAGCAUUAAAUUUGGGUGAUUUGUGUAAAGACAUCAAAGCAAAAAGACCUUUUGUGUUUAUUAGCACAUGCCAUGUACCACAAUGGGUGGGUUCUCGUUGAAUUUAAUUGCUAUCCUCUGUGUAGGCCCUCGUAUAAUUAAAGCUCGUUCUCUUACUGAAACGACUAACAUGGGAAUAAAUUCACAAGGAACGAAUGGGGAGGUGAAAUUAGGACAAAAACGGUCCGGCAGCACAGGUGACCAAGCAUGAAGAGAUCCUGAUUCAGAGAAAUGUGACUCAAACAGAAAUGUUGAUGAAAUCUGAUAAGAUUAAGCGAUGCACUUACAUUUAUAUUACUUUACUUUUUUUCCGUCAGCUUGCGUGAACAAGAACAAACGCUGUAAAUUCUGGGCAUUUGUCGGUAAUUGCAAAAAAAAUCCAAACUUCAUCCUGUUCAAUUGCCUCAAAAGUUGCGGAGUCUGUUAG